ACGGCCGCUGAACUGGCGCAGCGAAGUGGCCAUCAUCUUGGAGGCCCUGGUGGCCAUUGGAAGCGUUCCGAUGUUUCCCAUGAUGCUCAUCUACCUCUUCUGGAAGGCUUGCCGCAGCAAGCCGGAGGAGAGAUGGCGAAGGUGGCGGCACUUCAUGGCGCUGUUGGCGGUGUAUCUCUUUUUGAUGUUCAUCCCUACGGUGCCAAGACCGUGGCUGAUGGGCAGUGCAUUCUUUCGAUGGUGGUUGGAAUACUUUUCCAUUGGCCUGGUUUACCAGGGUGCCCGGCCGCUACCUGACAGGCAGUACAUCUAUCUCUUCAUGCCCCACGGGCUCUAUCCUUUCUCUGGGGCCUGUGCCAGCAUCGCCUCCAUGCGCGACAUCUUUCCGCGCAUGCGUAUAGCGGCCGCCUGGGUGUCAUUUCGCAUCCCGGUGAUCCGACAGCUGAUGGGUUGGAUCAACACCAUCCCCGUGGAUCCCUCUUCGAUCCGAAAGGCGUUGAAGGGCGGGGAUUCCAUCGGUCUUUUCCCUGGUGGAGUAGCGGAGAUGGUGCGCACGGACAGCAACCAGGAGAAGCUUCUGCUGAGGUCCCGCAAAGGUUUCGUGCGGUUGGCCAUCGAACAUGGCGUGCCCAUCGUGCCCGUCUAUGUCUUUGGGCAGUCGGUGUUGUGGAGCCAGCUGCCGAUGCCGAGCUUGGUAGAGCGUUUGAGCCGCUGGCUGCAGGCGAGCAUCAUUUUGCCCUAUGGACGCUUUGGUCUUCUUGUGCCACAAAAGAAGUCCUUGCUAUAUGCCAUUGGUGCUCCCAUUGAGCCGGGUGACAAUAUCAACACCACCCACGAUGCAGUUAUCUCUGCCGUGCAGACGCUCUAUGACACCUAUAAGGGGUUGUAUGGCUGGGAGAACCGUGCCCUUCAAAUUGAUUGAAUGCAGGCAGCUGCUGUGUCUCUGUGCGUGAUUGCCAAGCUGGUGAGAGCCACAUUAUACAUUCUUGAAAAAUAAGGACGCCAGCCGAAAUCGAACAUGGAACCUUGAUGAAUUAUCUCAGAUAAAUUUGCAAGUGAAACAAGUCACAUUAGGCCACUUUCUAGUUCCAAGUUGUAUUUCGAUGAGACAACUGGUGCAGUUUUGUUUGUCCAACAUGGUUCAAUGAGGGCCCCUGCCAGAAUUUCAAGGCAGUUCCACCUCCGACCCGUCGUGCAGUUGGCACAUGGGAAGGUUCGGAAGGCCCCAGCCGAUCCCAAAGAGGCGGUACGAAGAAAA